AUGCUUCUCAACCACCCCCUUCGCUCAUGCCUCCUCCUUGGCACCAUCUUUCCGUACCUCGGAAGCACCAAACCAGAGCCUGCGAGCGCUGAUGGACUGGUAGAAGCAUCGAUUGGCGCCCUCAAAGGCAAGUUGGACACCCACAAGGAGUUCGACUACAUCGUUGUCGGUGGAGGCACCGGUGGCAAUGCCGUGGGCACUCGCCUGGCCGAGGCCGGGUUCAAGGUCGCCAUCGUCGAGGCCGGCGCCUUUUAUGAGAUCGCCAAGCCUGUUCUCGGCACCACGCCAGCCGGCGACAUCAUCGGCAUCGGCUGGAACAUGCUCGAUGCCGUCCCCACCGUCGAUUGGACCUUCCAGACAGAGCCACAGGCCGGGGCAAACAACCGCAAGUUUCACUAUGCUCAGGGGAAAUGCGUCGGAGGCUCCUCGGCCCUCAACUUCAUGAUUUACCACCGAGGCACCACUGGCACGUAUGAUCAAUGGGCCGACGCCGUGGGCGACGACAGCUACAGGUACGUGACGGUGUGGCAGCGGCGGAGGGGUCAUACAUUUACACCACCAGACUUGCAGAAGCGCAAGAGCAACGCGUCUACUCCUUACGAUGCGUCCGACUAUCUGCCUGCCGGACAGGGAGGCCCGGUCCAGGUCGGCUACUCCAACUGGGUUUCUUCCUGGUCGACAUGGCUCGAGCAGGGACUCAAGGCCGUCGGCAUGCAGAGGACGACCGACUUCAACAAAGGCAAGCUCCUCGGCUACCACUACACUCAGACAACGAUCCGCAACUCGGACGCGACGAGGAGCUCAUCGGCCCAGUACAUAUACAAAGCGAUGGCUGACAAAGUCGGCUCACUGAAAGUCUUCACCCUGACCCAGGCCACCAAGAUUUUGUUCGACAGCGAGAAGAAGGCGACGGGUGUCGAGGUCAGCUCGCUCGGCAUCAAGUACACCCUCAAGGCUUCCAAGGAGGUCAUUGUCAGCGGCGGAGCAUUCAAGUCGCCACAGCUGCUGAUGGUGUCUGGCGUCGGACCCAAAGACACGCUCGACAAGUUCAAGAUCCCCGUCGUCGCUGCCCUGCCCGGUGUCGGACAGAACAUGUGGGAUCACAUCUUCUUCGGACCCUCCUACGCUGUCAAGUUCCCGACCAUCGACGACAUUCUCCUCAAUCCCCUAUCUCUGGCCAAGGCUCUUGCCCAGUACGUCUUCUCUCACGAUGGCGUGCUUAGCUCCAACAUCAUCGAGUUUGUUGGAUGGGAGAAGCUCCCCGACAAGUACCGCAACACCUUCUCGGCCGAGACGAAGCAGGCGCUCGCCGGAUUCUCAGACGACUGGCCCGAGGUGGAAUAUCUCGGCGCCAACGGCUUUCUCGGCACCUUUGAGUGGCCCCUCAUGAAGCAGCCGCUCACAGGCAAGCAGUAUGCCACCAUCCUGGGAGCCCUGGUGGCACCGCUCUCAAGGGGCAACGUCACCCUCAAGUCGGCUUCCGGGCUCGACGAUCCAGCCAUCAACCCGAACUGGCUGACGGACAAGGCAGACCAAGAAGUCGCUGUCGCUUCGUUCAAGCGCAUGCGCGAGGUGUGGAACACGCCGCAGCUAAAGUCCAUCGUCAUCGGCAACGAGUACUGGCCAGGCCAAGACAAGGACUCGGAUGCAGAGAUUCUCGAAAUGGUUCGAAACUCGCUCAUGACCGUCUGGCAUCCUUCCUGCACAUGCAAGAUGGGAAAGAAGGAAGACAAGAUGGCCGUCGUAGAUUCUGCAGCCCGCGUCUUCGGCGUCCAAGGUGUCCGUGUCGUUGAUGCCAGUGCCUUCCCCAUCCUCCCUCCAGGCCAUCCCCAAAGCAGCAUUUACGCGCUGGCAGAGAAGAUUGCGGAUCACAUAAUCCAAGGUCAAAAUUGA